CAUUUUGGAGCCCUAAUUUAAGAAAUUCCUCCCCAAGAAAAUAUUAACUAAUUAAAAGGAAAAUUGAGAUCGUCUUCUAGGUUUUUUUCUCUAUUGAAUUUCAGACUGAAGUUUUCGAUCAAUCCUCUCUUUGUGUGCUGCGGGUCAGGAAGAACAAUGAGUGGUUCUGUGAAGGACGUGAAAUCUAAGGCGGAGCUUGACGCACUGCUCCGGAGUGAUGCUUUGGUUAUCCUCCAUUUCUGGGCUUCAUGGUGUGAAGCUUCCAAGCACAUGGACCAGGUCUUUUCACAUCUUGCUACCGAUUUUCCUCACGCUCAUUUCUUAAGGGUUGAAGCUGAAGAGCAACCCGAAAUAUCGGAGGCUUACUCAGUUGCUGCCGUGCCUUACUUUGUUUUCAUCAAGGAUGGCAAGACUGUUGAUACCUUAGAGGGGGCUGAUCCAUCUAGCUUGGCUAAUAAAGUUGCUAAAGCUUCUGGUGCAAUCAAUACCGGAGAACCAGCAGCUCCAGCUAGCCUUGGGAUGACUGCAGGACCCGCUAUUCUUGAAACAGUGAGAGAGUUGGCAAGGGACAACGGUUCUGUUACUGAAAGCAAGGUGCCACCUGGACUGAGUAGUGCUUUGCAGAAGAAAAUUCAGCAGCUUAUUGACUCUAAUCCAAUUAUGCUAUUCAUGAAAGGAAACCCCGAGGAACCAAGAUGUGGGUUUAGUAAAAAAGUUGUUGACAUUUUGAAGGAAGAAAAUGUGAAAUUUGGAAGUUUUGAUAUCUUAUCAGACAAUGAGAUUCGUGAGGGAUUGAAGAAGUUCUCUAAUUGGCCAACAUUUCCGCAGCUCUAUUGCAAAGGGGAUUUACUAGGCGGGUCUGACAUAGCCAUUGCAAUGCACGAGAGUGGUGAACUAAAGGAAGUCUUCAGAGAUCAUGGCAUUGAAAGCAUAGUUUCUGAUGAGGUAAAGAUUGCCAGGCCUGAUAGGAAAGGUGGUAUCACAGAAAACUCAGGCUUGAGUGAAGCUCUAGCCUCCCGUCUUAAAACACUAAUUAAUUCAAGUCCUGUUAUGCUGUUUAUGAAAGGAAAACCUGAUGAACCCAAAUGCGGGUUCAGUCACAAGGUUGUAGAAAUCCUUCGUGAAGAAAAUGUGAACUUUGAAAGUUUUGAUGUCCUUUCUGACGAUGAAGUCCGCCAAGGGAUCAAGGAUUAUUCAAACUGGUCCAGUUUCCCCCAACUAUAUAUCAAGGGUGAACUGGUUGGUGGAUCAGAUAUUGUUUUGCAGAUGCAGAGAAGUGGAGAACUUAGGAAAGUUUUAGAAAAUAAAGGAAUCAUCAAGAAAGACACUAUUGAAGAUCGUCUGAAAAAACUGACCACUUCUUCCCCAGUAAUGCUGUUUAUGAAAGGUACACCAGAUGCUCCAAGAUGUGGUUUCAGCUCUAAAGUUGUUAAUGCCCUCAAGGAAGAGGGUAUUGAUUUUGGUUCAUUUGAUAUCUUAACUGACGAAGAAGUGAGACGGGGAUUGAAAGUUUACUCAAAUUGGCCGACCUUUCCCCAACUUUAUUACAAGGGCGAUCUUAUAGGAGGCUGUGAUAUCGUGCUGGAGCUAAAAAACAAUGGUGAACUGAAAGCCACUCUAUCCGAAUAGUAUCAACAUGAGCUGUUUGGGGCCUGUCCACACCCAUUCACCUGUCGCAACUACAUCAAUCUAUUGAUAUUAUACUUAUUCUAAACUUUGCUUUUAUAGUUCUGGUUGAUCUCUGACCCGUCAAUGUGGUCUUUUCUACUGCAUGUAAAAGCAAGGGUUUUGCCCUGGUGACCGAUGAAUUUAAGUGAUAUCGUGUGUUGUUACCCGUUA